GCCCCCUGAGCUUCACAUGCACUCAGUUCAGUGACAGAAGCAAAGUGUGAGAGAAGUGGAAGAGCGGGUUAGGUGUUAGAUUCCCGAUGGCGUCUGCUUCAAGCAGCAGAGUGGACGAGCAGCCGCCGGCACUGCCUGUCAAACAGCACAGGCAUUCCAGCGUGGAGUCUGACUGCAGCCCUGUGGUACCACAGCAUCAAAGUUCCGCAUACAACGAUGUCUUUCCUGAACCCACCGACUGCAAUGCAGCCCAGUGCCCCAUACACCAACGCUACGAUCCGUGCAGACACCUGGAGAGAUUUUACUCUGAUAUCAACCCACCGCCUGUCCCGAAGAAGAGGUUACAUCGUGCUUUAUCCCUCCCGCCCACCCAUGUGCCUUCGUUGCCUCACAUGUCACCCUUUUCUCCUCUGCAAAGAUUCCCCCAGAACUUUGACAAUCCGCUGUACAUGAUGGCACCCAAACAAGAUCUUUUUUUCUCAGAGGAGCUAGAAGAGUUUAAACCAUCCACAAGCAGUCCUGUCUCCGUAGUGUCCUUCUCCCAGCUGUCGUUUGACACUCCGGACGAAGAUCUUCCCUACAUCUUCCACAGCUUUGUCGAUCAGGGGGUUGUUUCUCAUGGGAUUCAGCAUCGCCAUCUACUCUUUCUUAGAAGCAUGGCACAGACUGUGGAGGCAAGGAAUCUGCUAGAGGGCUCUAGAAGGGAUGUGAGCUCAUACCAGCCUCAGGACUUCCUCUUGCAUAAGGGCAGCCAGCCAAAGGAGAUUGGAAACAUGACUUACUACAGCCUGCACAGCCCAAAGUUCCCACAGAGAGUGCUCGGUUUAAGGGUACACAAACACAUUGAUGAGGUUUUCUCCACUCAAAUCCAGCGGCAGCCGCCACACGUCAACGUGCGAGAUGUUAUUACUUAUUUCCCAACCAGCAACAGCUACAGAACCAGUGAAACUCGAGAUCCUGCUAAUCCACCAGGUGGAAGCAGCACUGAGCGUGCAGCAGAAGCCACGAACCUCUGCAAGCUCACAGUUCAGUCUUUCCUCCAGAAAGGCCAUGCCAUGAGCGUGGAAAGAGACCUGCCACACGCCAGCCUGGAUGAUUUUGUUAAAGACAGCAGCUCGCUGCAGAGCACAGACUCUGUGCGUUAUUAUAGACAGGUGUGUGCUCUGUUGCUGCAGAUAUUAAUGGGUACACACCAUCUAUACAGUAAGAGAGGCACUGCAGCUGAGCUCAAACCCCAGGAGAUCCUUCUAGUGUGGCCCGAUGGGAAGAGGGACAAGGCAGAAAACAACUUGAAUAAGGACGCCUCUGAGGAGAAGGAAGAAACGGAGUGGGUAAACACUCCAGAAAAAGGGAGGAUUCAGACGUUAUGGAGGACGAGAGGCUGUCCUCGUGUGGUGCUAAAGCCACAGACUUUCGCUCAACCCCUCACCUCCAUCAAAUCUCAAAUUACAGCUUUAAUCCAGUCCUGCUGGCAAGAGAGUGCGACAUCUCCGGGUUCAGUACCAGAUGUUUGCAAAUCCUCCUACCAAAAAGGGCUUCUUCAUCUGUCCUCUCUGCUUGAGAGCGACAGCGGGGCUCAGAUGGUGGACAUGGUAGCCAUGCUUCAGGUGCUCCUCUGGGGCCCACACGUCUCUAUCUUCAACCAAGGAGGCCCUGCAACCACCAUUAUACAUAACUGGCUGACAGUCAAGCGGGCGCUGCUGGUUAUGAAGUUGGCCGAAAAGGGGCUGAUCGAGGAUCGGUCUCUUCUGGACUGGGAGGACUGUAUGUGCUUGCAGUAUCUGUCCUUUACAGACUCUGAAACAGUUGCGAGUGUGGCCAAUGAGCUGUGGCACACAGUGAACGCUGAGCAAAGUUUAUAGUCGAUAUCAAAGGAGUCCGUCGUUAUCACCCGACUGAAAGGGAAAAACAGUCCAGAUUGAGGAAUAAUCCACUUCAGUGCAUUCUCCUUCAUCAGCUGUUCAUGUGCUGCACUUCAUAAUGUAAAACUAGUCUAUUAAAAAGACUCCACUGGUUUAAAAAAAAAAAAAAAAAA